UCUCCUCCGCCACUGCCUGCAGGCAGGAGGAUACCCUUGCGACUAGCGAGCCUCCCCGCGCCAGUCGAGGCUUCGCCCGCUUCCUCCGCGCCAGCCGGGCUACGCCCGCCUACUCUGCAUCAGCCGGAGCUUCGCCCGAAGCCUCCAUCCUCGCUGCCGCCGGAUCGCAACACCAAGCCUCCCUCCCUUCGACUCUCUUGCUGCCGCCUUUAUUCUCUCUUCAAACUACCGGUCUUGGUGAUCGGCAGAGGGAUUGCAGAAUGGCCCGGGCUCCGGAAGUGCAGAAUAGGGCGGGAAGGCCCAUGAUGCCUUCUGUUCAGGCCAGGGGGCCUCCUCCGCCUGCCCGCCCUCGCGUCGAGCCUGUCGACCGUGAGAAGUCAGAAGAAGCCAGGAUUGAAGAUCAAGAAGAGAGAGCUCAAUUGGAGAGGAACAUGAGAGAAAGAGAUGCAGCUGCAACUCGGAAGUUGACAGAACCAAAGUUAACGAAGGCGCAGGAAGAGGAGAUUAUUCGAAGAACUCAAGCAUCAGAGAAAAAUGAUACUUCAGAACUGAGAAAAGUUUCAAGGCAAGUUUAUUUGCAAAAGCGGAGAGACCAGAAGCUUUUGGAGAUUCGGGAUGACAUUAUAGAUCAUGAGUAUAUAUUUGAGGGCAUGAAGCUGACUGAAGCAGAGGAACGUGUGCAUAGGUACAAAAGAAAAAUCUACGAGCUUGCAAAAGAGCACUUGGGGGAUGUGGACAAUAUUAAUGAGUACAAAAUGCCUGAGGCAUACGACAUGGAGGGACGGGUCAAUCAAGAGAAAAGAUUUGCUGCAGCUAUGCAGCGUUACAGGGACCCUGAGGCUGCAGAGAAAAUGAAUCCAUUUGCCGAACAAGAAGCCUGGGAGGAACACCAAAUAGGAAAGGCAACCAUAAAAUUUGGCUCAAAAGAUAGAAAGCAAGCUGCUGAUGACUAUCAGUAUGUUUUUGAGGAUGGGGUUGAGUUCAUCAAAGCAUCUGUCAUGGAUGGAACUCAGUUUGAAGAUGAAUUAUCUUCUGGGAAUGAUGACUCUUCAGAUGCAAAAACCAUGUUGGAGAUGCUGCAGGAAGAUAGGAAAAGUCUGCCUAUCUAUCCUUACAGAGAGGAGUUACUUAAGGCCAUCCAAGAUCAUCAGGUUCUUGUUAUUGUUGGAGAGACAGGCUCUGGAAAGACUACUCAGAUACCUCAAUAUCUUCAUGAAGCUGGGUAUACAAAAGCUGGGAAGAUUGCAUGCACACAGCCUCGCCGUGUUGCUGCAAUGAGCGUGGCCGCGAGGGUGUCCCAGGAGAUGGGUGUUAAACUUGGGCAUGAGGUUGGUUACUCAAUUAGGUUUGAGGAUUGCACCUCAGAAAAGACUGUACUUAAGUACAUGACAGAUGGUAUGUUGUUGAGGGAAUUCCUUGGUGAACCAGAUUUGGCUAGCUACAAUGUUGUGAUGGUGGAUGAGGCUCAUGAGCGAACACUAUCAACUGACAUAUUAUUCGGGUUGGUGAAGGAUAUUGCUCGUUUUCGAAAAGAUCUCAAGUUGCUUAUUUCGAGUGCGACCCUGGAUGCGGAGAAAUUCAGUGAUUACUUUGACUCUGCCCCAAUUUUUAAAAUUCCAGGGAGGCGAUACCCUGUCGAAAUACACUUCACAACAGCACCGGAAGCAGACUACAUUGAUGCUGCGAUUGUUACUGUUCUUCAAAUACACGUGACCCAGCCACUUGGUGACAUCUUAGUGUUCCUUACAGGGCAGGAGGAAAUUGAAACAGUCGAUGAAAUCCUUAAGCACAGAAUAAAAGGUUUGGGCACAAAGAUAGCGGAACUUAUCAUCUGCCCGAUUUACGCCAACCUCCCCACUGAGCUGCAAGCAAAGAUUUUUGAACCUGCACCUGAAGGUGCCCGCAAGGUUGUUUUGGCUACUAAUAUAGCCGAAACAUCGUUAACAAUUGAUGGAAUAAAAUAUGUUGUCGACCCUGGAUUUUGUAAAAUUAAAUCAUAUAACCCUAGAACUGGGAUGGAGUCUUUGCUAGUGAAUCCAAUCUCAAAGGCAUCUGCAGAGCAAAGGGCUGGUAGGUCUGGGCGUACUGGACCUGGAAAAUGUUUUCGCCUUUAUACUAAGUAUAAUUACGAUCAUGAUCUCGAGGAGAACACUGUUCCAGAGAUUCAACGGACGAAUUUAGCGAACGUUGUGCUCACUCUUAAAAGUUUGGGUAUUCAUGACUUGGUCAAUUUUGAUUUCAUGGAUCCUCCCCCAUCAGAGACAUUGCUUAAGGCUCUUGAGCAACUAUUUGCUCUUAAUGCGCUGAAUAGCCGAGGCGAGUUGACUAAGACUGGGAGAAGGAUGGCUGAGUUUCCACUGGACCCCAUGCUUUCAAAAAUGAUAGUUGCUUCGGACAAGUACAAGUGUUCUGAUGAGAUCAUAUCCAUUGCGGCGAUGUUGUCGGUUGGAAAUUCGAUAUUUUAUCGUCCAAAGGACAAACAAGUUCAUGCAGACAAUGCAAGGAUGAAUUUCCACACUGGGAAUGUUGGAGAUCAUAUUGCGUUGCUUAACGUCUACAAUUCCUGGAGAGAAACUAAUUACUCGACCCAAUGGUGCUACGAAAAUUAUAUUCAGGUAAGAAGUAUGAAAAGAGCUAGAGAUAUUCGUGAUCAAUUAGAGGGACUCUUGGAAAGAGUUGAGAUUGAGCUCACUUCAAAUGCUAAUGACUUAGAUACCAUUAAAAAGGCAAUAACAUCAGGUUUUUUCCACCAUUCUGCGAAGUUGCAAAAGAAUGGUUCUUAUAGAACCGUCAAAAACCCCCAAACAGUAUAUAUACAUCCAAACUCCGGACUAGCACAGGUGCUUCCGCAUUGGGUGAUAUACCAUGAGUUGGUUCUCACAACGAAGGAGUUUAUGAGACAGGUUACGGAACUGAAGCCCGAAUGGCUUGUAGAAAUCGCGCCACACUUCUAUCAGCUUAAAGAUGUCGAUGAUUCCGGAGCGAAGAAAUUACCUCGUGGGACAGGUCGUGCUGCAUUGUAGGAGCUUUCAAGUUCUGUUCGGGCCUAUUUGCCGCCUCAAUUCUUAAGCAACUGACACAACCUUGCACUAACUGUUGUUUAUUCCUUCCCUGUCCUGGCCAGUAAAAGAAUUGAUCAUUUCUCUGAUAAUUUGGCCAUAUUCCCGAAGUGUGAAGUGCAACAACCCAUUCUCCAUAAGACUCCUUCAGCUUGGCUUGUUCGUAGGCCAAUGAUAAGGUACAAGGGUGAGGCAUUACAAGCAUGACUUCUAGUUCCUUAUAUCCUUUCACCCAGCUGUACGCAAUGCAAGCUUCUUCCAGGCUAGAGUUUCGAAGCAGCAUUUGGAUCCUUGAGUCCUCAAUUCUCUCUUGAUAUACUUCCAUUGGCCUUUUUUGUAUGCGCUUAGUGAGCCCUUCAACAAUACUAGUUAAGCCUAGGCUAUUAACUCUCUUGCAAUCUUCUGUAGUAAUCGCCUUCGCCAUUUCUUCAAUUCUAAUCAUUGCAGAUUGACCCAGCAUACCUUGUGUUUUCCGAUGGAUUACCUUUUGUAACCUACUUGUCAUGAUAGACUUGUGAGAGGCUUCUCCUUCAAUGCUGUGAAGUGUCACCGUGUUAGGUCCUGGAUCAAAAGGCACUUGCCUAUAUUCCUUCAUCCAAUCGAUUCCAAGCACUAUGCCAGAGCUUUUGAGCCUCAAUUCUCUUGAAUCAGCCAAGAAUUCGUAACCUGGCUUCUUCCUUGCAAACUGAGGGCAAGAAUCUUUGCCCAGCACCUUGUUCGCAGGGUCUGCUAUCACUAUCAAGGGUGCAACAGCAUUAAACUCAACUCUGGUAGCUUUUGCAAUCCUGAAGUCAAUGAGGCUAUGUAGGUUUCUAUCAUCAUUCAAAUGUAAUGGGGCUUGGUUAUCUGACUCCAUGAUACUUAUAGCCUCAUAGACCUUUCCUUCUUCUACUUGUUGUAGCUCACAUCUUUUUUCUUUUACUGUUUUAGAUUCAGCACCCAUUUCCCCUUUUUCAUAUGCUGGUAACAUACGCAGGGAGCUAUCCUUGCAUUGCUUUCCCGUAAUAUACUCCUCUCCGUAUCCAUAGCAUCUCCCAUGCAUCGUUGUUCGCUUACUUGUAGCAGGCCAUUGUGGGUUUGGUUCUUCUUCACUUUCUUGCAGCUUAUGAGUUCCUAGCGGAGGUUCUUCACCAUUGUUUGCUCGGAUAGGAGAUGGAAUGAUGUUAUCUCUAAGUUGGCUUCUAUCUGAACUUGAAUGCUCUAUGUUGCGUGUUUCGACACUUGGAAUUGGCUUGGUAGGAGGUGGUUGAGUUGCAUGCAACCUCAGCAAUCCCUCAGGUCUGCUGGCACUAUCACUCAGCCUUACAUCAUGCCCAUUACUGUCCUCCAUCUGUAGAAUUCCAAGGUGCUUUUGCUCUACUUCCUUCACUGCAGCUGGUUGGUCGAUUACGGAAUUAGUUAGUGAACUAACUCUUUUCUCUAGAGGAAUGGGAAUGGGUAUGGGUAUUAGCUCUUUCUCUUCUUUUGGACCCUGCAUUGUUAUCUCUUUUUCUCUAGCACGCACGAAUCGGCUCCUAAUCAACUCUAGGAGUUGUUCAUGUCUGCGGGCAUUCUCCUGCAUCAUGAUUUCGUGCCUCCUUGCCUCUUCCUUUUGUAGUGCUUCAAUUAAGACAUCUAACUUUUGAUUAACAUCCCGAGCACUUUGUAAUGCUUCUUCAAAGCUUUUGUUAUAGCUAGUGGUUUGUUGCUGCAACCUUGUUCCAUUAGCCAUUUUUCUAUUGGCUCCAAUGAACUAUCGUGGUGCCUAUAAUGCUCUUUGAGAUCUGAUGACUGUUCCAAUCAAGAGAACUAAUCCUUCAAUAUAUUUCCAUUUGCAGCAAUUUAACCAAUUGUAUCUCAACUCUGGAAUUAAAAUUGGGGAGCAAAACUUGAUUACCUGAUGCCUGCAAGGUGUUUGAUGAAAUUCCCCUUCACUGGCCCAAUUUUAACUAUGAUACUACCAAGAACCUGUUGCUUCUAUGACCCCUCUAUCAAUUUGAUUCAAGUAGCAAUGAUAAAGAUUCUUGUGAUGUUUAUCAGGUUUGAUCCCUUAUCAACCAAUUCUUGCAUGCAUGCAAUCAAUGAUUCAAAAGGAUGCAAAGAUUUCUACAAUACCUGAUGUUCAUAGCUUUAUAAAAUCAAAUCGCCUCUCAACUAGUUGCAAUCUGAUACCACUUUGUUACCGUAGUGGCAAUGUCUCCAGUCGCUACUGAUUCUUCCAAUUAGAUCUGAUGCUACCACUUGAGUUCUUGCUCCAGGUACUACUCGAGAUCCAUUACUACUCCAUUCUUGUGAUAUCCCACCAUGAUGCAAGUAUCAGUUUCAUCCCUUCCCUGGGAUCGAAACUGCUCUGAUACCAAUUGUUAUGUACCGGAUGAUUUGGGGAUGAUUGGGAGGUGAGUUUGUGAAGGAAAAGGAGAGGUAGAGAAUCAGAGAGAGAUAGGGAGUGAGAUUGGGAGGAAGAGAGUAGGGUUUUAGAAGAAUUAGAGGAGGGUUUUGGGGAAGGAGAAGAGAAAGGACUGGAGAAGAAGAGGAUAAUUGGGGAAGAAGACAAGCUAAUUCAUUUCCAUUACUUCUUGCAAUUACAUCCUGUUACCUAUAUAUACCCUAUACAAUUUGUACUGAAAUGUAAUGAAUCAACUCUUCGAGGGCUUUACAGCAAUUGUCAAUUGGGAACGCGGGCCUAAUGGGUUGAAUUCAUCAGGCGUGUGGGCCUCUGGUGGGCUUCACCUGUCCAAACUGCUGCUAGCGGGUCGGUUGGUGGAUCGCGCGUCGCCUCUCUGUCCGCUCCGCCAACUGCGGGUAGUGGGCUCGCCUUUUGCGCCCGCUCCACAGAUUCGGACAUCCGACCCGUAGCGCCUCCUUCUUCUCCCAACUGCUUAGAUUCGGUCGGAUCUCCUCAAUCUCUCUUCUCCUCCUCUGAGCGCCAUGGAUGCCCUAGCACCGUCGCCCGCCGGAGUUCCGCCUGACGCCCCUGCUGCUGGUUCACCCUGCCGGCUCGCUCCCCCUCCAACCUGUUGCUGCCAUUUAUUUUCCUUCUAGCUAGUAAAGCUGCUACCUUUACUAAACUUCUACAGCUAACUACUACUAUUAUACUUCAGGUCGUUACAUACUGUUGUAACAAAUUUCGAUUCAAAAUGUACCACACAGUAGAAAUUUCUCAACAUAUAAUUAAUUCAACCUUUUUAUUUUUGUUUUGUUUUGUUUUGUUUUGUGAAUCUUAGCAGAAGUAAAAAUGAAAUGGAAAGCCUCACAUCCAAGUUCAAAACCUGUUUAAAUGGCGUUAAUGCUAUUGUUUUAUUUUGACAUGGAUUGAUCUAUAUUUGAACUUGGAUUGUACUAUGGCCAUUUUAAAUUUAGGCCCUCAAAUUUUGACCCAUCUUUGAAUUCAUUCUUUGUCAGUAUCACAUAAUCGUAGCAAUUUAGUAUAGAACUUUCACUUUUGGCUAUUGCUUGUCCUCGUGCAAGCCAUGCAUGUUUAUGUUUUCGCUUGUGCAAAUUAUAUACAUGUUGUUAUCUUGUUGAGCCUUGGGCGGUCAGGGGAGGUGCUGUCCAUUCGGCAUCUGUUGACGUGCCCGAAUCGACCAAAUAGGCGGGCUUGGGGCGUGACAUUUUCCCCUGCAUGUUGUUAAGAGCAUCCGGCAUCCCUUAAUCCUAAAGGUUGCCGCAGCGAACCUCUCGGGAAUUUUGGUCUGCUCAGCUCCUUCUUUCCAUUGUGCUCCUUUGCUUCCUACUCUAUUUAGUCUCAUAUUCCCUUAUCAUCGAAAGUAAACCAAAUCCGGACAUCAAGGGAAGAUCUACUUCAGUCAAAACAAGGUCUAUAGAGUAAGAUUUUUCCUUCAGCAUCUCCCACGCCUUCACACCAUCUGAGGCUGCAGCAACUACCAAAAUAAAGGCAACAAACAGCUAUGGUAAAAAUUCAGCUUUUACAUAAAAGGAGAAAAUUGUGCAAAGUAUUUAUCAAGCUGAACCAAGCCGGGGAGGAGCAACGUGAAAUGGCAAGUUAGUGGUUGCUCGACUCCCAAACAUUGUAUGGCAAGCUUCAUCUUCAUAACUGGACCAUAUUCAGAUCGGACAAAUAUCAGUUUAUGGCAAAUAUCAUUUUAAUGACAAGCUAUAAGCGUGACCAUCGAAAGAUUUGAUUCUUCUCUUCCUGCUUGUAUUGAAACAUAUCAUUGAAAAUGAAGGCGACCUCAAAAUCCUUCUGAUGUGGUUUGUGCUCUGGAAUGGGAAAGCAUGGCGAUUUUAUCACGGGGAAGAGACGCGAUGGCUAUUCAAUAAACACAGCUUUAAUUUUUUUUCUUUUUCUUUUUUGAACUUCUGCAUAUUUCGGCGAGGAUGUUCUUCUGGCAGGCGCGAUGGGGACAUGUUCAUCUCUGAAAGAGUAUUGGGAUCUUUGUUUGUUUUAUAAAUUACUGAUGAAUGUAAGCUUUUAAACUUUAUUCUUCCGUAGCUGAGAACUCAAAUUACACUGUAUAAUCUGUCGAGUAUGCAGGUAUUUUAGAAAGAUAAGGAAUCUCCCAUUAUUAUAAUUUUGUGAAA